AGGUCCCGGUGGAGCGAAAGCAUGUCCCGAGGAGCACUUCUAUUCAUCGCGGUGCUUCUCUCGCUCCUCUGCGCCUGCUUGCCAGCGGACGCGAGAAGAAGUGAGGUGCAGGUGGAGGAAAGUUUGGCAAUGCAGAGAAUCGACGCGUUGGAGGCCAAGGUUGACGCGCUGAACGAGAACUUCAAACACCUUGCUUCCGUCAUCGCCUCUGUGGACCAUGGCAGGCAUGAUCUUCCCCAUCUUGAGCAGUUGAACCAUGACAACAGUCAACACCGAGCAGCGCGCGCAGGACAGAAGAACACAUUCACCUGGAUCCUGUUCGCACAUGAAGUCUGGAUCUUCAUGCAGCAUGCCAACGUCCUCCUGAACCCUUAUCUUCAACGUCUCGAUCGCAAAUAUGGCAUCGCCCUGCUACGGAAGCGGUUCUACUGGGUGAUUGCUGGAGUGCUCUCAGCUUACUGGGCACGAGAAGUUCUGUCGAUGAUGUUGUGCUACAGUUAUGUUUCUGAUGCUACCAAGACCAUGAUCAUGAUGUCUUGUAUCUAUCAUAUCGCCAAGGUGAUCAAAAGUUUCGAUUCUGAUGAGUUUAAUGACACCUUGCAAAGGCUGGGAAUCAUGUCAUUGCUGAUCGAUCAGUGGCAUCUCGACUCAUUGGUUGUCAUCCAUUCUCUUGAUGUCGACGCUCUCAUCACCUUGAAGCGAGUUCUUCUUCAGAUUGUGCUAGACAUGAUCUCGAAGGACAAGGAGCUGUUGUCAUUUGCUGUUUUCAUCGCAGCUGUCUGGUUUGUCCAUGCUCUUGCGUGCCAGUCUGUGGAGAUGGUGACUCUAGAGAUACUGAUGACAAAGCAAAAUGAAAUAGUCACCAAGAUGAUUUGUGUUGACGGCGCCGAUGUGCCGGUUGUUGUCACCAAGAAGUCAACGGCAACACUCUUCGUUGAGACCUUCAAGGCUGUCAUCUAUGGUCAAACUCAUGAUGACAAGUUUGCGCCAAAGUGGAAGAAUGAAGAUGACUGUGAAAGCAAGCUCGGCAUGUUCGACUCUAUGCGGGAGUUCUCGAGCAACUGCAUGUCAGUCCCGAUCAAUGACAGCAUCAUCUUUGCUGUCUUUGCCUUGGGUUCCAUGAUCUCUCUAUCAGCUCUGUUUGCUUCCUUCUUCUCCUCACUGUCGACCUUCAAUCUCUUCUGCGCUCUUGCCCUCUCGUCGGCACUGGUGGUGUCUGCAUAUGAGAGCAUGCAAAGACUCGGCUUGUCCUUCCUUCCUCCGCAAGCUCUUGUACAAGGCUGGUUGGUGCCUGCCAGCGGAGCGAUCUCAGGUGACGUCGUCUUUCUUGCGCAUCCAACGACCCUGUCAUCGGCAUUUGCUCUGUUCGUCUACUCCAUCAUAUGGAUGCUCCUCAGUCCUCGCGUCUGCCUCCCCUACCUCUACAUGGACGAUUUCUCCUUCUCUGGCUGCCGCAACUCAGUGUGGCUCAGCAGACUGUUUGGCUGGCAGUUCAUUUCCUUUCCUCGUCGAGCUCAUGACAACAUCUGCGAGAUCCUCCGUGAGGCAGACAGACUUGGAUACAAGGUGUUGGGUCUAGGAGCUCUCAACAAAGCCGAGUUCGUCAACAAGUCAGGAGAAGAGCUCGUUCGAGAAGUGAAUCCAAAGACAACAAAGGCUCUCAAUCAGGUAGUCCAUGGAAACACCUUGACAGCUGCCGUUGUCGUCGAGAACGUUAUCGAGCUCUUCAGGCAGUCUGAACAAUCGUGCGAGAUGAGACGGGAGGUGUUUUUGACUGGCCCAACGUCAAAGGAUUCGAUGUCACUUGCUACACUUCAUCUACCGCAAGGCUCAAUCAGAUACGCAAGAUCACUGCAAGACGGCGUCUUCUGUCGUGUCUGGGUUGUGGGCAAGUACGACCUCGGCGUUCGUGAGCAUAUUCCAAGAGACGGCAUUGCCGUCGUCUUUUCAGUCCCUUGCCCCUUGACAGGAAACGUGCUGUCUGUGGAAUCAGCAAUGAACUCCAGAUACAUCAGAGAGAGAAAGGAUGUCACCGUGAUCGACGGAGGUCUGUUGAGGAUGCAACCUGAGAGAUGCUCGAAGCGCUCCUUCUCUAUUCUGCUUCCUGAGCACGAGGUGUACGCGUGCCAUGCCGCAGCCAUGGUACAUGCCAACAUGGGAUGGGACGAGCAUGAGGUGGGGGAAGUGGAUCUGAGCAAGUUGCCGGUGGUGCUACACGCAGCAAAGGCGAUGGGGUUUGAAAUCCCCAGGCACGAUCACAGUCUGUACCUCAACAAGCUCCGCCCUUCGCUAUCAGGAGGCGCAUGCGCAGCCGAUCAUAGCGGUGACGCGUCAAGGACGGUUCAUGUCGGGUGCAUUAUAGUCGGAGCAGGAGCGAGUGGCCUAGCAGCAGCUGCAUGUCUUGUCAAGAGGGGCGUGGAAGACAUCCUCAUCUUCGAACAGAAAGACAAGAUCGAAGGUCACUGGAACUCUCAAUACGACGAGCUGAACAUCACAUCCCGUCGGCAACACUGUCAGCUCCCUCACUACAAUAUUUCUAAUCUGCUCCCCCGCGACCUCAGCGCAAGGGACUUCAUCCACUACCUUCACUGCUACUCCGCUCGCUUCUCUCUCAAUAUUUCGUUAAGGACAAGAGUUGUCUCUGCCAGGAGGGUUCCGCAGAGCUGCAGGUGGCUGGUGGAGGUAGAAGUCCUUUCCGAAGGAGGGACGGGACAGGCCAAGGGUGGACAGAACGAGCCUGAGCAGGCGCAGGAGCCGCGAUCUGAGAGGAAAGUUUUCAUUGCAGAGCAUCUCAUUAUCGCAUCAGGGCUACACGCUGUCCCUUGCUUCCCGCCGAACACGAAGGAGCUUGUCGCCGGCUUCGAGGGGGAGGUGCACCACUCAAGCUCGGUCAAGAGCAUGCAGAGCUUGGCAGGGAAGCACGUGCUCAUCGUCGGGAUGGGUAACAGCGCAGCAGACAUCGCCAUGUCGCUCCUGCCACGUGCCAGGUCGGUCUCACUGAGCGUUAGAAGCGUUCCUCCUAUCGUGAGGAGGGAGUGGGGCCCUCUGGCAGUGGAAUGGGUGUCUCGGCUCUGUUUACAGCACCUUCCUCCUGCUCUGGCAGACGCUGUUGUCGACUUGUUCAUCGUCGUCAACUUCGGGCGAGCAUGGUGGACCCCUUUCUUUCCCGUUGGCGCCCGCAAGUGGAGGCCCUUCGGUGCUCGGCGGGUACCCAUCAUCGACAAGUGGGCAGGGAGGCAGGGAGGAGGGCUCGUGGACAGCAUCAAGAAAGGAGCGCUGAGGGUUCAUGGGCCGCUCAUGCAGGCCAGGGGAAGGCACGUGCUGGUAUCGACGCGAGCGUGCGAGUCUAGUGAGACUGAGCUUGUUCCUUGUGACGUCAUUGUCUUCUCCACUGGGUUUCAAGAUAACCUGGGGGAUUGGCUGCUGAUCGAUCCACACGGAGCUCGACAACAGCAAACACUACACAAGAUCGGGUUUGAGCAUGGGCGGGCUCUCCUGCCUCUCAAGGAGAUCUCCGAACAAGCGAAGAGAAUAGCACGUUUGAUUGCAUCAGCUCGCGCGCAAUAA